ACUCUUCAUCAUCAGAUUCAGAAGCUGCAAAAACCCCCUGAAGAAAAAAGCAAUGGAGGCUCCAGAAUCUUCACCCUCGCCGGCCGAAACCAUCGCCAACCACGACGACCUCCUCUCACAGAUCCUCCUCCGCGUCGAAGCCAAGUCCCUCCUCCGCUACAAAUGCGUCUCCAAGCACUGGCUCUCCCUCAUUUCCAGCCCCAAAUUCCGCGACCGCCACACCCUCCGAAACCCUACCCCUCCUCUCUCCGCCUUCUUCUUCCUCGCCACCUCCCAACGCCUCACCUUCGUCUCCCUCUCCGGAUCCCUCUCCUAUCCCCUCGAUUCACUCCCGGAGCUCCGACGAGCCAAGAUUCUCCAGUCCUGCAAUGGCCUGCUGCUUUUCGGCUCCGGCGGACAGGAAGCAAGCUAUUAUGUAGUCAAUCCGACUACUUUUCAGUUCUCGAAACUUCCGUCAACUCCUUAUGCUUAUCAAUUUGAUGAUUGUUUGGGUGUUGCUAUUGCUUUUGAUCCUUGUAGAACUGGUAAAGUUGAAUAUCAUGCGGUUGCGGUUUGGUUGAUUAGUCCGAAUAGCUUAGGGAUUGGGAUGUAUGCAUCGGAGAGUAGGAGUUGGAGUUCGGUGUUGAAUGUAGUCGAGUUCAUGCAGGAACAAUUUGAAGUGGACUUCCGCCGCGGAGUGUACUGCAAUGGAGCAAUUCAUUGGCUGACACACAAGGAUGAGCUGUUUUAUUGUCACAUUGGUGAUUGUGUUGACGAAAAGGGGGUGAGGGGUGGACUUCUGGCUAGUCCUGUGAGUUUAGUGUUCGACAGGGAGUAUAGGUAUUUUGGUGAGUCGUGUGGACAUCUGCAGCUGAUUGAUGUUUUCAAGCCGUGUGUGACGCAGUUUGAAGUGAGGGAGUUGGAGCCGGAUUACUCUGGCUGGGUUGUGAAAUACCAUGUUGAUCUUGAUCCGAUGAUUGCAACUUUUAGGCCUUGUAUUAAUGAGAUGCUGAGUACCAGGGACUAUUCUGGCUGGUUUGUGAAGUGCAAAGCUGAUUUGGAUUCCGCAAGCUAUUCCUUUCAGGAGGUGGUCGGGUACUAUUUGGAUCGAUAUUAUAAGUUUGUUGUUCUUGCUAUUACUCGAGAAGAGAAUGGAGGGGAUCCUUGUUUGUUGCUGUAUUUUCCUGCUAAGGUCAUCUCUUACAAUCUUAGGGAUAAGACCUUCAAGGAAUUAAUUGACUUGGCUGAGACUCAGAGAUCGUUACAAGUUGAAUGGCUGGAGGCUUAUCAUCAUAUGGCGACUUUAGCUUGUGUGUGAAGAUUUUAGCUUGGAUUAGAAGCUGAAUCUUGUGAAAUUUCGGCUGCAGUAGAGAAGAUCUACCUAUGGCUCAACUGAAGAAUGUAAGAUUAUGUAAUGUUAUAAUAUCAUGUCAUGUGGAGGUUAUGUAACUAUAUAUUAGGGUUCUAAAUCUCUCACAAUAUGUACAUGCAUAUAUAAGUAACCCAGAGAAGUACACUUGUAUAAUAUAUGAAAAUGAAAUAAGUUUAAAGCACA